GCUCCGCUUAGUCGCAGUCCGGUUGUUUUGGCGGCGGGACGGCGGGAAAGCCUCAUAUAUCGCUCCUCCGCAGCAGGCCUCGCGAAGCGUCCAGCAGCCCGAGAACGGUCCCUGCGAUUCUGGUCAUCAUGCCCGCGUUAUCCUUUGCUCCCCUCCAUGAAACGGCCCUGGAAGACGGCGAGUGGAAGUCUUCCUUGCUAGAGCCGCCCCUCAUUCCCAAGGCUGGCUGGAUGCAGCGGUUGUGUCCGGAAUUCUUGAGCCGGACAGAGCAAGGCCAUGAUCAUUUGAAAGUACCCAACUCGCCGGCUCGACCUCGACGAACCGCCUAUCUCGAUGGAUUGCGCGGUUUCGCUGCCCUACUGGUUUAUUGGGGCCAUCAUGAACUGUGGGCGCAUGAUGGCAUUGGCGCGGAGCGCAUCUUCGAGAACGCAUACGGAUUCGACAACCAGCGCUACCUGGUCGCCUUUCCGGGCAUACGCACCUUUUUCUCGGGCGGACAUUUCGCCGUCAGCGUCUUCUUCGUCCUGUCUGGCUAUGUGCUGUCCGCGAAACCGCUCGCCUUGAUCAGUGCCGGGGAACGGCUCGCGUUGAGCGACAAUCUGGCGUCCGCCUUGUUUCGUCGGUGGUUGCGUCUGUUUCUCCCCGUGAUUGCCACGACCUUCCUCUACAUGACCUUUUUGCAUUUGUUCCACGUCCAGACUGUGCCUGAGCUGCAGGGGAGCUAUGGCGCCGAGCUCUGGAAUUGGUACGCCGAGUUCAAGAACUUCAGUUUCAUUUUCCGUGGCGGGGGUGAGCCCUGGUUCACCUACAACUUCCACGCGUGGUCCAUCCCGGUGGAAUUUCGCGGCUCAAUCAUCGUCUACACGGCACUCUUGGCCUUCUCGCGCUGUCGCCGAUCGAUGCGCUUAGCGGGUGAGGCGGGCCUCGUGUUCUACUUCCUCUACAUUGCCGACGGCUGGUUUGGAGCAUUGUUCGUGUCCGGCAUGUUGCUGUGCGAUCUGGAUCAGCUCGCGGCUCGCGACCAGCUGCCCGACUUUUUCCUGCUGCUGGAGCCGUACCGCGAGGUGAUCUUCCCUGUGCUGUUGGGAAUCAGCCUGUAUCUCGGGGGCGUGCCCUCGCGGACGUGGGAACUGCAGAUCCUCCGCGAGUCCCCCGGAUGGUACUGGCUGUCAUUCCUCAAGCCCCAGGCGGUCUUCGACCAGAAGUGGUUCUACCUCUUUUGGGCGGCCACCUUCCUCGUGGCCUCCCUGCCCCGCCUGCCCUGGCUGAAGCGCUUCUUCGAGACUCCAUUCAACCAGUAUCUGGGCCGGGUCUCAUUCGCCUUCUACCUCGUCCACGGGCCCGUUCUCUGGGUGCUGGGGGACCGGCUGUAUGCCGCGGUCGGCUGGGCCCGCGAUUCACAUGCAUCCAACUGCCCUGGAUGGAUCAACCGAGUGCCGUUGCCCCGCGUUGGGCCUCUGGGGUUGGAGGUGAGUUUUCUGGCCCCACAGCUGAUCCUGCUGCCAGUGACGCUGUGGAUGGCAGAGAUGGGGACGCGAUGGAUUGAUGAGCCGAGUGUGCGAUUAGCGCAGUGGCUGUACCGCCGGACCCUGGGCAAUGACGCUUAACUAGUAGUCUAGAGUACAGUAGUAGUGAUUGAUGGUCCGAGUGUGUCCGGAGUACGGAGCAGGUCAUGCGUGUGUGAUUAUCAUUUCCGAAUGUGGAGGGCAAUCCGGGGCCAAACAUGGCGCUAUCUCGAUAGUUCAAGACAAGCAAGAGAAGGG